AUGUCCGCAGGUUUCCACAGUCCCAUCGGCUCCAGCACCCAACCAGCAGUCCCACCAAUCUCUAACAGCUCCAGAAACUCGUGUUGCCAGUCAAGUGACGUUGGCGACCAUGGAUCUCCACCUUCCCCUGUCAUCUGCCAGUCUGACCAGGUUUACAGCUCUCCAUCCAGCUCCCACUCUUCCCAGCAAUGUUCUUAUAUCCACGUCCCUGUACUUGGAAACACAUCCUCCGCAGAGACGAGUACUGUGUUGGCGGGCAGACGUCUGAGUCGGGAGUACUGCCACAGUGAUCCACCAACACGUAGGACUGAGACCACUGAACUGAAACCACUGACACACCACACACCGGGACAGCGAGGUCACAGCCCCUCGGGUUACAUCCCGUAUCUACUUGUUACUAGAGUCAAGUUCUGUUCCACUAGUUCCUUGAAAAGAACACUACAUGCUAACAGUAGCUGCCAAAACACUCAGUACCUCAUAACUAGCCCUCAAAGAACCCAGUACAAUUCCACUACAUCCCCAACUCCAAAAGCCUCAAUAAAUCCCUGUUUUGCUGGAGCCAGUGGGUUGAGGGACAGUCAGGUGUGUGACAACAACCUCACAGAGCAACAGUCAACCCCGCCGCUCUGCCGACGGCAGUCUAAUAUCACUAGGAAAGAUUCAGCAGAUCACAAAUACACAGAGCUGAGAGCAGUUAUGAUUCUAGCACUAUCUUGUCCCAAUAAUGAAACUGUGGGACACAUGCUUAUCAAGUUGGCGUCAAAAACAAAGCCGAACGCACCCAGCGUCCCUUGCAAGGGCAUGAAACAUUCACACAAGAAUGCCCAACAGCCGCAGUACAUUCCCACAACCAGCCCUCAGUCUAGUAUAACCUUACUAGCCCCAAGGAAAAAUAAUCACUGCAUCUCCAGCAACAGCCCCUCAAAACCUCGGUACAUUCUCAAAACCAGCCCUCAGAAACCUCCUGAAUCCACCCAGCUGCCUCCCACAAUCCUCCCUUCCACUGCAGCUUCCUCCCUCCGCUCCCAGCUCUUGAGCAGCCCCGCCAGCCUCCCAGCACCCGUCUAA